AAGCGACGUCAACAAAUAAAAAUAAAUAAAUAGAUAAAAGCGUUUUCACUUUAUUUCAUAAAUCAAUAACACAAAUCUGACCUGUUGUUUCAUACAAAACGUGUAUGCACGGCCAAAGGCUGCAAUUUCAAGACUAAAUAUAACAAACAAUAUUUAAUGUGAUCGUUUAUUAUGUUGUCUUUACAAUAUCUGGAGCUGUAUCGUGGAGUUUACCGACGUUCGAUUCUUCGAGAAAAAGCAACUUCUCGACCACAGACGUCAGUGCGUCCGUUGUCAAGGCAACGCAAAGGCUCGCGCCGCAUACUCGUCUCUGAUUGGCCUGUUCUCGCCAAGCAGCACGUUUUCCCGGAAGCCCUCAGAUCUUCUCACUUUUGUUUCCCUUAAUCGCUACAGUCGCACAACAAUCUAAGAUGUCCGGAGAUAAACACGACUUUGAACACACUUUUUCCUUCCGUCCAGUUCCCUCCAGGAAGUUCUCGUUCUUGGAGGAAAAGGAGACCGUAGCUCUGUUGAUGAAAUGGUCCAUGCUUGGAAGGCUCUCGGCGCAAACUUUCAGCUUUGACCAGAAAUUUCACCUUUACGAUAGCGACAGGUUUGCGCUGUGCUUCUUCACAGAUUCUAGCGUGCUUUCCAGUGCAAGAACGACCGUUGCCUGGCAGUCUCUCGACAAACCAGUGACAUCAGUCGAUGUCGAGGUGGUACCGUGCACCAAGGUCUCAAUGGACUUAUUUGACCCCAUCUACACUUGUGGCAUUGUGGCGCCCUCUGGACACAUCGCUAGAUGCUUACACGAAGUCUACCCGGACUAUGACAAACUCCGAGAGAUGUUGCUGGAUGAGGACUCGGAGAACUACCACAUACUGGGGAGUGCCGAACGAGGGGAGUUGCUGUUUCGCCUCUUCAAGCACCUUUGCCUCGGAGGAGCGCUGAAUCAGUACGAAGACACAGUCGAGCCUUAUAUCAGCGUCACCAAGAAAAUGUACAAAGAGCUCAUCAGUGUUCAAAAGGAUCCAGAAACUAAAAAGAUCAACGUGGUUUCCAUGGUGCUCAAAGUCCGCGUCUGUGAUGAGUCGGGUCAGUGUUACCCCGGGGGACGGGACGAGGAGCAGACGUUUGCCUACCUGAUCGUGGACCCCUUCAAACGCCACGUGACGCUACUCUGCCACUCUUAUGGUGUUGGAACUAUGUGUCUUUAAUGGUGUAAAUGAUGUUGGAAUACAUUUAGCCCAAAGAUAAACAAAAAAACAGCAAUGAGUUAUUCAGUAUUAGCAUUCCAUGCGCAUCACUUUUUUUCCUCCACAUUUUAUGUUGCAGCAAAAAUAGAAUAAAUGAUUUUUUUCCCCACCACAUUCUACACACAGAGCCCCAUAAAAAGCAUGAAAAAAGUGGGGCGAUGGUUCAUUUUUCAGCAGAGCACUAAUGCUGAGCCCACAGCCCAGACAUCAAAGUUUCAUAUCGUGGCUUCAUGUGCAAAAAGACUUGAGGCUGUAAUUACUGCAAAAUAUGUGUAUUUGUUUAUUGACCAAAGGCUGUAAAAGCAGUGCUUGGGUAUGUACAUGUGAUUUUUGAUUAUUAAUAUUAUCCAACAGUUCCAAAACCCAACUUUUCCACGUUGAAAUCAACAACGUGAAAAAGUUGCAACAAAUAAAGUGUAGUUGGAACGCUUUUCGGAUGCAUUGUAUGUCAUACAGU